AUGGUCCCGCCUCACUCUUCUUACACGGUAGAUGGACCGUCCUCGCUACCGAACUCCGAGCCGAGCGCGCUCACCUCGAGGACGGGCCGAUCGACGACGAGGUCGCGCUUCUCGCUCGGCCGACGGUCCAGCCGCGACGUCAAGCUCAGGAAGAGGCUUUACCGUCGACCUCGACGCGUGUUGCGUUGGGUCGUGCUCUCUCUGUUGGCGCUGGUCUUCUUCCUGCUGGCCAGGCGCGUGUACGAGCGACGAUGGGCUCGUUCGCGGCGGAGAACACACAACGGCGGUUACUUCCUCAAGGGCCGAUCCCUCUCCUCCAAGAACGGGAUCGAUUACACCUGGGGGUCACUGCUGCACCGUUACCACAAUCACCCCGACCCUGUCACACCUCGCGUUGAGCUGCCCUGGAAAAAGAACCCGCGACUCCUGCAUCCGGAUCGGACUCCGACGCGUGCCCUAAUCGUCACGUCCGAACUCGCCGGUCUGCACAAGAACGGGGGUAUCGGUACCGCCUUUCGCGAGCUCGCCACAGCUCUGGCUUCCUCUGCUAUAGUCAAUGUUGACAUUCUCAUCGCCAAUCGGAUGCAAGACUAUCCGAUGGGCCAAGUGCGCAAUUUGACGCGGACGUGAGUCUCUGCGGAGUGGGGCCGGGUCCGCUCUCGUCCUGUGCUAGCUCGCCAAGUUGCCAGGGGAACUCAUCCUGCUUCUGUGUCUCGCCUCCAGACUCGCGGAUCAAGAGAUAAACCUUCAUUUCGUGGAAGAGGAACCGCAGCCCUUUUGGCCGACGUCAUGGUCGGCCCUCGCCUCGCGCCAGAUCCUCGCCUUCCUGCAGGCCCACGACAACGAGUGGGACGUUAUUCAUUUCCCCGACAACACCGGCAUUGGCUAUUUCCCUACUCUCGCUCGGCAGCAGGGCCUGAUGUUGCAAAAUACGCGCAUCGUCGUCGGCCUGCACGGUGCGGACGUCGAAUGGGCGACGAUCCUCAACAAGCUCUAUCCACAGGACAAAUUUUCGUUCCAAAAAGCCGAGUUUGAACGGCGCACGGUCGAGAUGGCCGACGUCGCCAUCGCACCGAGCGAGUACAUGCUCGACUAUCUGAAAAAGCGAGGGUGGAAGCUGCCGCAACAUGCCUUUGUGAUCCCCAACAUCGUCGGCGCUCGGCCACUGCCAAACGUAAAUCGGAGGCUGUCCAGCGAGAGUGGAGGCGUGCACCCCGUCAACGAGCUCGUGUUUUUCGGUCGACUUGAGGAACGCAAAGGGACUCGCCUCUUUCUCGAGACGCUCGAGCUCUUGUUCGAGAGAACUUCAUCGAUUGAGACGCCGACUUCGAUCACCAAAAUCACGUUUCUCGGGCGAGACUUUGAGGAUUCGAAAUCCCACAUCGAUGCGAGCGCGCUGAUUUCAAACGCGAUGGACGCCCUCCGCGAUCACUCUGACGUCGAUUUGCAGGUCCAGUUUCUCCGAGACUACGACCGGGAGCAAGGUCUGGUCUACAUCACCGAUCCUAGACGUCUGGUCGUGCUACCUGCUUUGAUCGACAACUCGCCCAGCACCGUGCUUGAAUGUAUCGCGUACGGCGCUCGGUUCAUCGCUAGUGACGUUGGCGGAAUUCCGGAACUCGUGCACCCCGCGGAUCACAGCAAGGUCUUGUUCGCGCCGCGUGCGACCCCUUUUGCCCACAAGAUUGCCCAAGAAGUGACAGCGCUACGCUCGACGGCCUGGCCAAAGAUCCGACCUCGACCCGAGACCGUAACCGCAACAGAAGACUGGGUCAAUUUUCACGAUUGGAUCAUGAGCAUCCCCACGCCGUCCAAAUGGAAACCUGCCGUUCCCUCGUUCGCACCCCGCAUCAGCAUUAUCGUCACGCAUUACGAACGCGCCGGUCUGGUUACCCAGAUGCUCGAUUCGAUCGUUGGUCAAACGCGGGAAUGCUACGAGGUUAUCUUUGUCGACGACGGAUCCAAGAAGAACUCGACGCUAGCUGCGCUGGCCGACAUCGAAGCCCGCUAUUUUGCCCCGAGGUCGAACUGGCACUUUGUCACGAUCGAGAACUCGUACCUCGGGGAAGCGCGGAACCGUGGGGCCGCGCUGGCCAAGGGAAACUGGUUGCUCUUUCUCGACGACGACGACGUCCUCAAGCCCCACUACCUCGAAACCGUCAUCCAGGUCGCUGGGCGCACCGGCGCCAAAGCGCUUUCCACGUGGCUCGACGAGUUUGCUUCGGACAUGAACCCCUUGUUCACGACGAGCAAAGUGAUACCCAAUCGGAGAACGUAUUGGUUCCUCGGAUCGGGAAUGAGUUUGGGCUUGAUCACGAACUCGUUUGGCAGCGGCAACGUCUUUGUCGAGCGUACCGUCUUUGAGGAUCUCGGAGGCUUUUCGACCUCGCGCGAACUCGGAGCCGAGGAUUGGCAGUUUUGGACGCGGCUGACGCUCAAGGGCUACAAGCACCUCGCCAUUCCCGAGGAACUGAUCUGGGUCAGGAGUGAUCCGGCUCGGGAGAGUAUGGUAAGUGCUCGCUCCUCGUGGCCUGAUUGGCUUACCCUGCCCCGGCAACUUACCGAGACCUUUGCACGUGUUUUAGAAAUUCUCGAUGGACCCGUGGGAAGCCAACUACCACGCCCUCGCUCCUUUGUUGGCCGACAAGCGCGUGCAGGAGAUGGGCCUGGCACAUUUGCUCAUGUACGCCAAGAGCGAGAUGGACCGUCCGUUGCCGAUCCCGCGAACGGCCGACUCGAGUCGUGAUUUCGAGUUUGUGCAAGGCUGGCAGGGGUGGUACUAUUCGUUCAUCCCCGUCGGCAAACUACCGACGGUCGACCCGCAGUAUCAUGCCGAAGCGUUCCCCGAGGACGGGUCGUGGGGUGUUGACCGUGCGGCGAGUCAACCUUACCUCAGUGCGCUCGGCGUGAAACCUUACAUUGACACGCGCGGGGUGCGCUAUGCCGCGGUCAAAAUCUUCAAGUCGCCCAAGGAGCUCGACGUCGUCGCCGAGAUGAAGCUGCAAGCCUCGCAUCACUGUGGGGACGGCACGGAGGUGACGUUCGCCUCCCGCAUAGAUGACAGUAUGGAUUGGACGGUCCACGCCAAGAUCAAUACCAUGAACUCCCGCGACGAGACGGUUCGCGUCGAUUUGCAACUCGUGCCUGGCUCGCUCGUCGCGAUCUCGGUCGACCCCCUCGAGACGGACGAAUGCGAUGCCAUCGACAUUGACCUCGGGAUCAUGCAAGCCGAAAUCAACAGCCGCGCAUGGAGCAGUAUCGCAAAACGCAACGAGCUGAUCGCCAGCGCCAAGUCCCGGAACGAACGUCUCGAGCAAGACCGCGUACGUCAGGAACAACUCGCGAAGGAGGCGGCCGAAUCCCCUGUUCCGACAGCCGACGACGAAGGUGGUGAUUCGUCUGGUACGGAGCUGAGCCUCGACGCCGCCUUCAACAUCGCGUUGGUCUUUGAUGCCAAUCGGGUCGACCAGGCUAAGCAGGUCAUUCGGUCGGCGAUCAAAUUCCUCACCUCUCGACCAAGCCUGCACUUCCAUCUCGUGACCCCACCCAAACUCCACGACGAGCUGCGCGAGUUUUUUGCCGACUCGGGACACGGCGUCUCGACGUACGAUCAUGGGCUCUGUGCCAAAUUCGCCGCUGCGGUGCUGCCUUUCUCUGACGAAGACAUCCACAUAAGCGCGCAUUGCAAGAUGUUCCUCUCCAAGAUCAUCACCCACGCCGAAAAGGUGCUCUACCUCGACACGGACGUGACGGUAUUGAGCGAUCUCUCGAGUUGCUACGCCGAGUCCGACGAUCAGCGAGUACUGCUCAAGAUGGGCAUCGACAUGGGCGACGCCUGCCAACUGUACCCGGAUCGCUGCUGGCCGAUCGCGCUCCACUGGCGCGUUCCCGAGGGCCUCGAAUGCGGCAACAUCCCGCAGAACAACUCGCCGGACCACUUUGACGAGCACGCCUACUGCGCCAGUGCGCACGAGAUCGAGACGGUGCAGGUCAAUGGUGGCGUCGCGUUAAUGCGUCUCGACCGCAUGCGCGAGGCCGCGUUCACCGAUCGCUACGUGCGCACCGUCGCCCGCACCUAUCGAUCCGUCGGGCGACGAGCGCGUUGGGGCGAGCAGGAUUUCAUCAACUCGUACAUCCGCAUGUUCCCCGAGGACUUUGAGCUCUUGCCGUGUGGCUGCAACUACCAGUGGCUCGGACGGCGCAAAGAGGUCAAGUGUGCGAGUCAGCCGAUCGCAAUCGCCCAUCAUUGGUGAGUCCUAUCUCCCUUCCACUUGCACCGGCUCUUCCCACUGACAGCGUCCCAUUUGCCUCUUUCUUGCAGGUCGAUGGGCAUCGAGUUCCCUGGCAUGCACGAGUACAAUGAUAUCUACUUUGACCUUCUCGCCGCGAACGAAACGGCGGCCAAUGCCGCCGAGUCCAAGCACAAACCCUUCCCACCGAUCACGAGCUCCCAUCUCUCGAGUCCCAAGGCGACCGAUUUGGAGCUCCUCUUCGACCCAAACUGUCCCUCUCAAUCCCAUGAUUGUAUCAAUCACAAGGAUAUACCUGACCACUAUGGCGAACGAGUUUUUGUAUUGUCGCGCAUCGUCCGUGGGACUUUUGUCCAAGACUUCUACGACUCGUUCGACCAGCAAACAUACCCCAACCGAAAGCAGUUCGUCGUCGCACAAGAGGGGGUUACGCUUCCACCCGCGGGGCCGAAGCGCGAAGUGCUUUCGGUCACCUUUGACCUGGACGCCGACCGGGAUCGACUCUGCCACAAAUGUGGGCACCUCGCGGCGACCGAUCCGGGUCUCACCGGGGCCAAAUCGUGCUCCCUCCCUCCCUUGGAUCCGAUCGCCAAGAAGCGCUACUGGGAUUGUGCAUGCGGCGCCGCCGACUCGACAGCCCCAUUGAUGUACGACCUCGACGCUCUCGUGAUCGAUGAAAAUUCGAGGGGUUGGGUGCUCUACCUCGACGAUGACAAGCUUUUUGCGGAUCGAGAUUCGAUUGCGCAUCUCAUGGCCCAGAUCGACACCGAGAAUGAUCUGAUCGUGUUCCGGGCCAACACGACGGCGAAUCACGGUGUUCGCUUCGACCUCGGCAAGAGGAUGAUCGCGCGCUCCGAGAUGGACACGAUCGGCUUUUUGUUCCACUCGUCGCAUCUCGGAAAGAACUCGUGGACUGCCACGCGAUGUUCGAUGUGGGAGACGUUCAGUCGUUUGUCGCGGCAUUCGAGGGUCAAAUGGAUUGACCUCGUUCCGGUCAUCAACCACCCGUUGCGGCAUCACUUGAUCAGGCCCAAAAUUUUAUCCCACGACCUCUUCGGCUCAUCGGUCGUCGUACUCGAAACCCUUGGUGGCCUCACGCAGUGGACGGAGCAGAUCGUGUUGAGCUUGCUCGACCCUAGCCAAGCAAUCCUCCGCAGCGACGUGUCGAUGCUGACAGUCGACGUGUACGAGAAACGACCUUACGCUCGCAAAGUCAAGAUUCGCGCCGCCAAAGCUGGUCGGGGUCUCUCGCAAAUUAGCACCUUGGGGACCUCGCCCCGAGUCUUAAUCUUGGCCGAUUCGGUGCGACUCGACAAGGUGAGCCUUGACACACUCGAUGCUGUUUGUUUGGGCUGCUCUUACUCACUGUCUUAUCUCUCUGUCUCUUUGCAGUCGGCCUUGACUUCCUUGCUCACGUACGCCUUGGACGAGCCGGACCGCCUUGUCGGACUCUUCACGGAGACGGCGAUGGAAGAGUUCUCGCCGCCGUUGGACGUAGACCCUGAAACCUUCAGGAGUCACCUGGAGCAAAAUCCGAUGCCCGGCAUCACCCGCUACACCCACCUCCUUCCACGCGCCAUGAUGGUGAGCCGUGCGCACUUGAAGACCCUGACGCACAUCCACCACGCUCGACCCCUGCCGGCGCAGUGUCACCCGCUUUUGCUCAGCGCGAUCGCGUACAACGCCAGUGGUCAACCUCCGCUCCGCAUUCUCCCACCCCCGGGCAGCGUCGUGGACCAUGUAUACAAUUGUCGCCGCGACGGUUUUUACGACACGACGUACGGUUUCCUUCCCGGUGACGACCCGGCGCCGUCGAUGAAGCAAUUGCAGGAUCCCGAGUUUGUGCUCCCGGACCAUACUUUGGCGGACUGCCUCCGUUUGGUUAAUCACCGGAUGGGGUGGGAUUACUGGAAGGUCUGGUCCGAGCACGUCGGGACGACGUCGGCGUUCGGAGCGCGAGCCGGGAUCGUACGAGCAACUGAAAUCUCCCAGCAGAUGUGGGAGGCCAUUUUGAAAGAGGAAAAGUGCGAGCGCAAUCCCAAGGAGAAGUGGGUGCGACCUCGGCUCGAAAAAGACAUUUAUGAUGAAGACGAGGAGCCCGACUUGGAGGCGCUCCAGGGGCAACAGCAGUACUCUCUCGCAGCCGCAGUAGAAAACAUAUAA